CUGGGAGCAUGUUUGACAUGAUGAUGAGGCAGUUGUCAAAAGUCCCGGCGAAGAAUAAACAACAGUGAAUUGUGUUAUCUAUGCAAAAUGUCUCGGAAUCGGAAACCUUUUCGUCAGAAUAAAAACUCCACGAAUAGCAGGCAAGAGGAAGAUGUCGUGGAUACCCCCGUGAUGGCUGCGUUCAGAGAAUACGCGAAGGAGCUAGACGAUAAGCAUGAUCGGUACGAGCGAAUCGUGAAGAUGAGCCGCGACAUCACUAUCGAAAGCAAGCGCAUUAUUUUCCUGUUGCAUACGAUUGAAACCAGGAGAAAUAAUCGUGAGAAAGUCCUAGAAGAUGCUGAAAAGAGGCUUCGAGCAGUGUGCGAAACGAACUUCCUUUUAAUUGCUCGCGAAUUGGAAGACCUUGACCAAAAUCAAUAUUUGCGUGCUUUCUCGCCAGGUCUACAAGAAUUUAUUGAAGCCUAUUCGUACUUUGAGUAUUUGAAAGAUAGUUCGAAACUAUCUGACUGGGAUGAUCUACAACAAUUUCUAACAUAUAAUAUUGAUAAACCGUCAUCAACGAAGGAGAAUGAAACAAAAGAAGAAAAGUCCCUACAGGAGCAAACAGUUGCUAAAAAGCAAAUCGUGUGCACGAUAAAACCAGUGGAAUUCAUACUUGGGUUGGCCGAUUUAGGUGGAGAAAUAAUGCGACGCUGCAUUAACUCGUUAGGAAGUGGCGAUAUCGAUUCAUGCUUUCAGGCUUGCAGAACUUUGCAAACCCUCUACGCUGGGUACUUGCGAAUCCGACCUGUUGGUAAUCGAGAAAUUCCACGUAAAAUCACCACAUUACGACAGAGUACUCUCAAAGCCGAAAAUGUUUGCUAUAACAUCAAAGUCCGUGGUGGAGAGGCAGCAUCUUGGGAUACACUGGAUACUGCUGGCUUCGCUAUGGAUAAAAUAGCUCAUGAUGAUGAAGAUGAAGGCUUCUAUUAACAGUAUUAAAAAUAUUUUAUUGCUGAAAGUUAUGUAUACAAACAACAAAGACGAACAAGUAAUUGAAGAUACAAAAAA